GCAUUAACUUAAAGGUCCAGAAAAGGGGACCUCUACCUAAAUUUACCCAACGUAUCCCGUAUCCGUACUUUCUAGCUGUUCUACUUCGUUGACUAAGGUACUAAGGCAAACACAAACUGUACUUGUUGCUGCGAAUAACGAUAAGCGAGCUUAUAAUCCGUGUCCAACACUUGACAGCCAUCCAACUACCUACCUACCUAGGUAUCGAAACAAUCCAAGUCGCGGAGCAGACAAGACAGACAGGAGCUUCGAAGCCGUCGCAAGUUGUUCAUCAUGGGAAACUCAAUGUCAUGGUUCUCCAACCUACUGUUUGCGAAAAAGGAGAUCAGAAUAUUGAUCCUCGGCCUGGAUAACGCUGGAAAGACAACAUUGCUGUAUCGACUCAAGGUCGGCGAAGUUGUCACAACGAUACCUACAAUUGGCUUCAAUGUCGAAUCUGUCACAUACAAGAACCUGAACUUUAACGUCUGGGAUCUCGGCGGCCAAACAAGCAUCCGACCUUACUGGCGGUGCUACUACGCCAACACAGCAGCUGUCAUCUUCGUUGUGGACUCAACCGAUAUCGAGCGAUUACACACCGCUUCAGAGGAGCUCUCAGCCAUGCUGAACGAGGAAGAACUGAAGGAUGCGGCCCUGCUAGUCUUUGCCAACAAACAGGAUCAGCCAGGAGCCAAGGGCGCAGGUGAGAUUUCUGAGGCCCUGCGUCUGGGCGAGCUCCGCGACCGCAACUGGAGUAUCGUGGCCUGCUCAGCGGUCGAUGGCAGCGGUGUGAAUGAGGGCAUGGACUGGCUUGUGCAAACUGUCAACCAGGACUAAGCUCGAUGACGAUUUCUUCUUCAGCCCCGGUUUGGCAUUGUACAACAGAUGAAAUGAAAUAAUAGUACCACUUUCCGGUUCCAUCACACCUUGGUAGACAGCGCCCAUAAGGGACAAGUGAAAGAAACGGAUGGAGCAGAUAUCGGCGUAUUGGCAGAGCGAACGUGCUUUUUUUUCUCCCUCUAUCUGUUUCUUCACUAAGAGAUGAAAGGAAUGAACAGCAUGGGUGCGUUGCUCGAAGGAGGAUAUAUCAUAGUAUAACUUUUUAAUGCUACAAUCCGGGUCCGGCUGAGUCCUGGCUAUGAUUCUCAUGGACUUCUCGUUGCCAGAUUUUCUUCGCGGGAUGUUUGAUCCUGAUAAGAGGUGCAAACGAUGUG